AUGGGAAGAGCGGGAAGUAGAGGACCUGUCGGGGGGCACUCGGCUGGCCGCGACAGCGGGGCUACAUUCACAGGCGGGCUCCUCAAGCCUACUCAUCGUCGUCGCGGUCACGUCGACGGGGGGCAUGGAGAGGACGGGCUGGCGGGGUCCUUCGCCACCAGCAGCAGCGGCAGGAAGAGCAUGUUCGUGGGGGGCAGCGUCGGCCACUCCAGGCGGCGGGACGGCACGAACAGGAUCAUGCAGGGCUUCUUCGGGACAGACACGGGCGGCCUCCUCCAGCUUACUCAGCGUCGUCGCAAUCACAUCGACGGGGGGCGUGGAGAGGUCGGCCUGGCGGGGUCGUUCGCCACCAGCGGCAGCGGCAGGAAGAGCUUGCUUGUGGGGUACAGCGUAAGGCACUCCAGGCGGCGGGACGGCACGAGCAGCAACACGCAGGCCUUCUUCGGGAUCCACCAGACGAUCUGCCAGAUCAGCAUGAGCCGUGCAGCAGCAGCGGAGUUGAAGAAGGGCGGAUCGGCGAAGGUACUCAACGCCAGGGACCGCCCAGUCAUGUCGAUCGUCUUCGGGAGGAUCGCGGCGAGCGUCUUCAUGCAGAUGUACCCCGUGCAGGUGAACGGCAUGCAGGUGUACUUCAUGCGAGUGUUCUUGAGGAUUGUCAUGCAGGUGUGCUCCAGGCAGGUUCCACACUACACAGCGGGCAGCAGGAGGAUCGCCACCCGCAGCAGCGACGUCAUGCACUUGUUCGCCACCAGCGGCAGCAACUCCGAGUUCCAAAGAGUCCUCGUUGGGCUGGUCGCUAUCCGAGGACAAGGAGGUGUCGAACACGAAGUCGUGCCACGCGUCGAAGCAGCGGAAGAAGGGCCUGUUCUGGAGUAG